AUGUCGAAGGUGUAUGAUAGCUGGGAGAGGUUGGUUGCAGCUAUCCUAAACAGAGAACAUCUUAGGCACCUUGCGCUAUGUGAAAGCUUCGACACCUCUAUUUCAGCUGAUUUCAGUUCAAGUUUCAGUUUUGAUGAUGAAACCUUUAUUGCAGCGUCUAGAAUUUCCAGCAAUAGCAUCAGCCGUGGAGCUAAUUCCGUCCAAGCAGAGUACAUUGAAUUUGAAGAAUUGAAAAGGGCGACGAGAAACUUUCGACCAUACUCGGUUUUAGGGGAAGGAGCGUUUGGUCAUUUUUCGAAAGGAUGGAUUGAUGAGAACACUCUUACUGCUUCCGAACCUGGAUUGGGAACACCUGUUGCCGUCAAGAUGUGUAGUACAGAAGGACUUCAAGGCAAGGAGAUUAAGUAUUUGGAUCGAUUUCGUCAUCCAAACAUAGUUAAACUCAUCGGAUAUUGCUAUGAAGGUGGCAUGAUUAUGGUAUAUGAAUUCAUUCCCAAAGGAAGCUUGGACCGUCAUUUAUUCCGAGGAUCACAUGAUCAAACAUUGGCUUGGGUGGCAAGAAUCAAAGUGGCUGUGGGUGCUGCUCGAGCACUAGCUUUCUUGCAUGACAAUGAAAACCCAAUCGUACACCGAAAUUUUAAUACAGCUGACAUUCUUUUGGAUGGGGAAUUUAAUGUCCAAUUGAACAAUUUUGGUUUGGCUAUGGACGGUCCGACGGGCAGUAUGACUCAUGUAUCGACUCAAGUUAUGGGUACAUUUGGUUACGCUGCACCAGAAUAUAUUGCAACAGGUCGGUUAACAACAAAAUGCGAUGUGUAUGGCUUUGGGGUCGUUUUGGUUGAAUUACUAACCGGACGGAAAAGUAUUGACAAAAACAGGCCUAUUAAUGAGUACAAUCUAGUAGAUUGGGCAACACCAUAUUUGCGUCGCAAGAAAAAUCUGUCUCGGAUUAUGGACCCGAAAAUAGAGGGUCAAUUCCCUCAUAAGGAAGCAUAUACUGUUGCAACAAUUGCUCUGCAGUGUCUAAGCCAAAUGCCAGAACAAAGACCAAGGAUGGCUGAGGUUUUAGUUGCCUUGGAACAACUCUAAGUUUCACAAAUGAAUUGUCGUAUAAAUUUUGUCGUAUAGAUCAUUUUGAUUUAGAAUAGUACAAAUGCUUUCGAUACCGAUACAUCUCGUCUUGUAUGCUGAGUAGUUUAUGUCUCCUGAUUCCGGCUCUCAUAAUCAGGCCCACAUCGAGUACACAAGGGAUUUAGAGCAAUUUUCCUUCGGAAAAGUUCAAUAUUCUGUCGGCAGAAUAUCAGAGCACGCUUGCCGAAGAAAAAUGUGACUUUCCGCAUCUUGUACUGUUUUUUUUUUUUUUAAUCAAACUUGUCUUCUAAAUAGUAUUUACUGUGAAGAUAAAUAAAAUAUAAAUUCUCAUUAGAAGUUUGAAAAGAAUUUGUUACCAAUA